ACCGUGAGAGCCUGAGAGAGUGAGAGCUAGCUAGCUCACUGUGGUUUUUCCAAGAUCCAUUGCCGCCCUUGCCGGUGCCGCUGCCGGGCGUCCGUCCGUCCGUCGACACGAUGCUUCCCGGUGCAGUUGUUGUUGGAGCAGCAGGCGGUGGUGGUGGUGCGCCGGGGCACGUGCGCGCGGCGGCCAGGGCUACCCUCAUCCCCGGCUUGGCGGUGGCCGCCAUGGGCCUCUUCUUCGCCGCCACCGUCAACCCCGGCGACUUCCACGCCCAGGUCGAGCACGCGGCGGCGCCGGCCGCGUACGGCGGGCAGCCCCAGCAGCGCUGCGAGGCCACGGAGGCGGAGGCCCUGGACCUGCGCGCGACGGCGCUGGUGCUGGUACUCACGGGCGCGGCGCAGGCGAUGCUGGCCGCGGCGGCCGGCGUGGCCUUGGCGGCGGGGUCCCUGUCCCUCCAGUGUGUAGGCCGGUUCCUCGCCCUCAUCGCGCACUUCUUCGCCCCCGCGAACGCCUGCUUCCUCUACUCUGUCCUCCAGGGGGUGGCGGUCGCCGUCGUCGGGCACUGCGCCGACGGAUACAACCUCAACUUCACCAUUGUCUGCGUCCUCGCCGGCGUGUCAUACGGCGUGCUGUUCGUGGUGAGCUUCUUAGUCACCGUCUGCGGAGGGAUCUGCCAGUCUGCCACAGUGCCACUGAUCCCCUCUAGCUUAGUUUAUCUUAGCUUAGCUUUGCUAGCUUGCAGCAUCUAUUUUCUUCUACCUAGCACUGCCGGCCACUACUACACUUAGCGAGCUCGCAGCAUCUAUCUUCUAGAGUACGUACUACUACCUCGCAGUACUAAACCAUCCAUGGAUCUUAAUUGGUGAUUAAUUUGUAUGCUUACUACUAUUAGUGCGAUGAUCGAGAUGGGAUCAAUUAUUAACGCGCGCGCGUGU